UGCUAUAUUAAAUAAUGGUAUUCCACUGGAGAACAAUGCUAGUAACUGGAAUACUUUUCACUGUGAUGAUGUUGCUGUUAUAUGUGGUUAUGGUGUGUCUAUUGAUACUUCACAAGGAACUCAUUUGUUGAACCAUAUUGAUUCAAGCUGUUCAUUUGGUGCAAUCAUGUUUGGUUGGGGAUACAAAAAAAGUUAUGCGUAUCCUGCUGGCUUUGGAAUGAAACCCAUUGGGGUGACAUUUUACAGUAUUGAGCCUCUUAUUUCAUCAGCACCAGAGAGUGGUCUAGUAUCUGUUACAGUGUAUAGGUCUGGUGAUGUAUCUGAAGCUAGUUCAAUUCAAGUGGGAACCUUUAUGUCAUCAAAAUACAAUGCAGCAGCAAUUGGAGAAGAUUUUGAGAAUGAAACAAAAACUAUACAAUUUGCAGCCAAUGAAUUUUUGGCUACAGUUAAUUUUACUUUUAUAGAUGACUCUUUUCCAGAACAAGAUGAAGUUCUUGAUGUUAAGUUUGUUAAUGAUCAUAAAAUUAAUAUAGGAACACCCCAAGAAGUUGAAUUGACAAUUCUUGGUGAUUCUCGACUUAUUACUGGUGGUGGUAGUAGUCCUGAAACAGGUCCCAAUGUUGUGGUACAAGAGGGGGAUAAUCAAGUUAAAGUCUGCAUAACACUCUCAGGAUUAGCUGAUUCCUCAUAUCCAGAACCAAUAGAAUUUCUUUUUACCCCAACAGAGAAAUCAGGAGCAUUGAAUCCUGCGCAAGAGGAAGAUUAUGAUAAUACAACUACAGCAGCUAUAAUGCCAUCUGGCGAUACUGAAGUCUGUGCACAUAUCAGUACUGUUGAAGAUAGGAUUUUUAAUGAGCCAAAUGAACAGUUUUGCAUCAAUGUAACAUCAAAUGUUUCAGUUGGUAUAUUUCAUCCUGCAGAGUGUCAGAUUACAGUAACCAUUAUUGAUAAAAUAGGUACUAGGGGGUCAAUUGAUAUCAACAGGAGACUAAAAGGUGUACCAAAGAGUAGUAGUACUACUGAAGGAAACAAAUUUUGUUUCUCCUUUUUUGAACCACAUAUAUCUACUCUAUUCUUGAUAAAAGUUGGUUCACUUGAAAGCUUUCCUGUUCAAUAUCAUAUAAGUUCAGGAGUCAAUGGAAUAUAUAAAACUGGUACAGUUCAACCAGGAUCAAUCAAUACAGAAUGGUAUCGAUAUAUACCUGGUAACAGUGAGAGUAGACUUGAAGAUUUUCAACCUCUUAUAGCAAACAUGACAAUAGAUUUUUUUAACAGCAGGGAUAUAAAUGACUUCACUGGAAUUGAAAUUAAAACAAUAAAUAGUUCACAUACAAUAUCAGUCACCUGUUUCAGUAUGAGUAUAGAUAAUAGCAUAGAUACAACAGUGGAUAGUUUUGUCGCAGUGCCAGCAUUAAAUGUGGGAUCAAUUACUCAACAGUAUAACUAUUCUAUUUUUAAUGAAUAUGGUAACUAUUAUACAGAUUCACAAACAGUAGCAGCAAUUGUGGCUUGUGAUACAAUUGAAGCUGGAGGAGUAUCGCUUACUUAUUCUAAUACUUCAGUUCCUGGUGAUUACUUUGGAACUUAUGAUCAACAUGGAGUUCGUUCAUCACAAAUUAAGUUUAAAAAGUACUACACUCCUUCUGUUUCUUCUUUGCCACCUGGUACUGAUGUUUAUGCCAUUCAACCUAUUGGGUUUAUGAUUGGACAUGCAUGUGUUUCUGGCUACACACCUUACUGUGAGUAUCUCAUUGAACAAGUACCUCCAUCAUAUACAUGGGGAUACAAUUUUUUGGUAGGGCCAUUUACCAUUAGAUACUUUAGAUAUAGAUCUAUUUUGAAACUUUUCCCUGGUAAAGAAAUUGGUACCAACUUUAAAAUAUUUUGCGCUGAUAGUGUUUCAGUAACUGUAAACAUACUAGUUCAGAACUUCACAAAAAAGGAUCAUAUGGUUCCAAAUAAAGGUGUCUUUGACAUUUAUCCUCAAAGCUAUUGUACUGUACAGUCAAACAAACCCCUUGCUGUUAUGCAGUAUUUUGAAAGUCAUGAUUGGUACCGCUAUUAUGAUACUUAUCAUUAUCGAACUGCAGCUCCUGAUAUGGUAUGGAUACCACCUGUUAGUCAGUACCUGAAUAGAUAUUUAGUACCCAAUGACAUCAGAUACUAUGAUAAAUUCAUCACUAGUGGUGUUUUUGUGACAGUUUUACCUCAUUGCUUUGAUGCUAGCGCUAUAUUAAUUGAUAGCAUUCCACUAGAGAGCAAUGCUAGUAAAUGGAGUAUUUUUCACUGUGAUAACAUCACAGAUUCAUGUGGUUAUGGUAUUUCUGUUAAUAUACAACAAGGAAGAACUCAUUUGUUAAAGCAUACUGAUCCAAGCUGCUCAUUUGGUGCAAUCAUGUUUUGUUCAGGAGAUGGAAAAGGUUAUGCUUAUCCUGCUGGUUUUGGAAUGAGACCCAUUGGAGUGACAUUUUACAGUAUUGAGCCUCUUAUUUCAUCAGCACCAGAGAGUAGUCUAGUAUCUGCUACUGUGUACAGGUCUGGUGAUGUAUCUGAAGCUAGUUCCAUUCAAGUGGGAACCUUUAUGUCAUCAAAAUCUAAUCCAGCAAUGAUUGGAGAAGAUUUGGAGAACCAAACAAAAACUAUAAAAUUUGCUGCCAAUGAAUUUUCAGCUACAGUUGAUUUUAGUUUUUUUAUUGACUCAAUUCCAGAAUUAGAUGAAGUGUUUUUAGUUGGUUUUCUUAAAGAUCAGAACAUCAACAUUGGAACGCCACCAGAAGUUGAACUAACUAUUCUUGGUGACUCUAAUAUUAUAAAGUUCACUGCUGAUAAUUAUUGUGUGCACGAGGGCAAUGGUUCAGUUUAUGUGUGUGUAGAAAAGAGUAGAGAUACUGUUGAUAGUGUUAAUCUUGAGAUUACGGCUAUGGAAGGUUCAACACAAUUUGCUGCUGAAGAUAUCUUUGAUUUUGUUGCUGAAACAAAAACUCUUACCCUCCCUGGGUCAAGUACACAAGUUUGUGCUCAAUUUCAAAUAAUACAAGACCCCUUUAAUGACUUUAAAGAACCUAUUGAAACAUUUUAUGUCAACUUCAUUGCCACAGGUCAUUUAGGUGGUGGUCAAAUGAAAGCUACUGAUAAAUCUAUAGUAACAAUAUUUGAACUCCAGCCAGAAAUUUUUGCUGACAGUGUUCCAAGCACUAAUAAUGUUUUCACGCCAGAGAGUCAAGAAAAUGUGACUAUUUGUGUUAAAAGAACCUUCAAUUUUUCAUGUACUAGAAACAUAACUUUUGAAGCCAUAAAUAGUGCAAUAGGUAUUACAGCUAUAUCUGGUACUGACUUUGUUGCAGAAACUAUAGAGGUGCCAUUCACAUCAGAUGAUCUCAGAGUUUGUGCAACCUUCAUGAUUAUAAAUGAUGACAUUGUUGAAAAAAAUGAGUCAUUUAUUAUUACUGUAACAGCACCAGAUCACAUACCAACAAUGUUAACAAUCAAAAUUACAAUCACUGAUGAAGAUGAUGUUUCUGUGAUAAAGUUUUCAAAUGAUGCUUACACUUUUCCUGAGAAUAUUGAUAUGGAUGUUCAAGUCUGUGUAGAGACUACAAAAGUACUUAGUGACGACAUUAAUAUAAAUUUCAGAACUAUAUCUAGUGAUGUUGAUGGUGCUGCUACUGCUGAUUUGGAUUACAUUUCCAAAUUUGAAACCAAGACACUUAAAAAAGGGUUAAGGGCAGUUUGUUACAAUAUUGAAAUAAAGCCUGAUGUUACUAGAGAACCUACAGAAUUCUUUCAUGUUGAGUUUGAAGUUCUUAAUUUAGUUAAACUAAUGGACAACAACUACUAUGGUUUGUCAAGACUCAAUGUAUCAAACAGUGAGCCAGCGGUUGUGUACAUUAUGGAUACAUCUGUAACAGGGUGUGAGUCAGUUUAUGCUGACUUAGUCUUGCUUAUUUCUGAAUCAUCCAGGAUGCAAGAAAAUCAGUUCACAAUGGUGAAGGACCUUGCUGCUGAGAUAUUAAAUCAAUUACCGAUUGGCAGAAAUAUGACACAUGCUGGUAUAGUUAGGCUCAGUAAUUCAAACCGAACACAAGUUAUUUCUCCUCUUGGUGAUGUCACUGAUUUAAAACUGUUAAAACAAAUUGUCAGAAAUAUUAGCAUAGAUGAUGAAGACAAUAGAGGUUUGGCGACUCAUCUAAAUUAUUCCAUGAUUUUAGCUAUGGAUGAAAUAAAAAAGAGAGGGAGACUAAAUUCAAGGAAAAUCAUUGUGAUAAUAACUGAUGGUCUUCAUUUACAUGAGGCAUUGCCAUAUGACAUAGCAAAAAUUACCAGAGCUCUCAGCUAUGAUAUAUUUGCUGUUCUUUUUUUCACAAAUAGUUCACUUUCUAAUUGGGAAGAACUAACAGGUUAUAAAGAACGAGUGCUGUUCUUGAAUACAUUUAAUAGUGGUCAGUCAAAAAGAGCAAAUUUAUUCAUAAAUCAGAUCUGCAAAAGUAUUAGUGUUGGUCCCCAGUUAUUGAACACUAUUGGAGAAAAAAAGAUAAAAAAUGUUGGAGAAACUGUAUCAUUUAAUUGCACUGCAGAUGGAGUACCAGUACCAAAUAUAGUGUGGCGAAAAGAUGGAAGUAUAUAAUCCCAGAAGCAAACAGAAGAAGCACUUU